AGCGGCUGCACGGCCUGGGCCAGGCCUGGAUGGGGCUUUGUCCGUCCUGUCUGUACUGCUGAGACCCCGCCCCCAGGUCUGGGUUUCAGGCCGAGCUGAGCGGCGGAGGAAGGCCCGAGGCCUCCCAGCUCACCCAGAUGCAAGCACUGCAGGAGUUGAAGAUGGCCACCUCUGUUACAUCCUAUGAGCAGCUGGUACGGCAGGUGGAGGCAUUGAAGGCGGAGAAUAGUUACUUGAGGCAGGAGUUACAGGAUAACUCCAGCCACCUGUUCAAGCUGGAGACUGAAACCUCAGGCAUGAAGGAAGUACUGAAACACCUGCAGGGCAAGUUAGAGCAGGAGGCCCGAGUGUUGGUGUCCUCUGGACAGACAGAAGUGUUGGAGCAGCUGAAGGCUCUCCAGACUGACAUCAGCAGUCUAUACAACCUCAAGUUCCAGCCACCCACCCUGCACCAGGAGCCCUCUGCCCAGAUCCCAGAGGGGAGCCCUGUGCACAGCUCUGGGCCACUGAAGGACAGCUUUGGGGAGCUGAGCCGGGCCACCAUCCGUCUACUUGAAGAACUGGACCAGGAAAGAUGCUUCCUGCUGAGUGAGAUAGAGAAGGAAGAGAAGGAGAAGCUGUGGUACUACACACAGCUUCAGGGCCUGGCCAAGCGUCUGGACGAGCUGCCGCACGUGGAAACGCAGUUCUCAAUGCAGAUGGAUCUGAUCCGGCAGCAGCUGGAGUUCGAGGCCCAGCACAUCCGCUCCCUGAUGGAGGAGCGCUUUGGCACCUCGGAUGAGAUGGUGCAGCGCGCGCAGAUCCGCGCUUCCCGCCUGGAGCAGAUUGACAAGGAGCUAUUGGAGGCUCAAGACAGGGUGCAGCAGACGGAACCCCAGGCCCUACUGGCUGUGAAGCCCGUGGCAGUGGAGGAGGACCCGGAGGCCGAGGUUCCCACGCACCCCGAGGAUGCCCCUCAACCUGGCAACAGCAAGGUUGAGGUCGUGUUCUGGUUACUGUCCAUGUUGGCUACGAGGGACCAGGAGGACACUGCACGAACGCUACUGGCCAUGUCCAGUUCACCAGAGAGCUGUGUGGCCAUGCGGCGUUCAGGCUGCCUGCCACUGCUGCUACAGAUCCUGCAUAGCACAGAGGCAGGGUCUGGAGGCCGCACAGGGACCCCGGGGGCACCAGGUGCCAAGGACGCUCGCAUGCGCGCCAAUGCAGCUCUGCACAACAUCGUCUUCUCACAGCCAGAUCAGGGCCUGGCACGCAAGGAGAUGCGGGUGCUGCAUGUGCUGGAGCAGAUCCGUGCCUACUGUGAGACCUCCUGGGACUGGCUGCAGGCCCGAGACUCAGGAGAGGGAAGCAGUGCAGGAGGCACCCCUGUCCCCAUUGAGCCUCAGAUCUGCCAGGCCACCUGUGCGGUGAUGAAGCUGUCCUUUGAUGAUGAGUACCGUCGUGCCAUGAACGAGCUAGGUGGGCUGCAGGCCAUUGCGGAACUGCUGCAAGUGGAUUACGAGAUGCACAAGACCACACAGGACCCACUCAACCUUGCCCUGCGCCGCUAUGCAGGCAUGACCCUCACCAACCUCACUUUUGGAGACGUGGCCAAUAAGGCCACAUUGUGCGCCCGCCGAGGCUGUAUGGAGGCCAUUGUAGCCCAGCUGGCCUCUGAUAGCGAGGAACUCCACCAGGUCGUGUCCAGCAUCCUCCGCAAUCUGUCAUGGAGAGCUGACAUCAACAGCAAGAAAGUACUGAGGGAGGUGGGCAGCAUGACUGCCCUCAUGGAGUGUGUCUUGCGGGCUACCAAGGAGUCCACCCUGAAGAGCGUGCUCAGUGCAUUGUGGAACCUGUCUGCACACAGCACAGAGAAUAAGGCGGCCAUCUGCCAGGUGGAUGGUGCUCUGGGCUUCCUGGUGAGCACGCUCACCUACCGCUGCCAAGGGAACUCCCUGGCUGUCAUUGAGAGUGGAGGUGGUAUCCUGCGCAACGUGUCCAGCCUCAUCGCCACCAGGGAAGACUACAGGCAGGUGCUGCGUGACCACAACUGCCUACAGACACUGCUACAACACCUCACCUCGCACAGCCUGACCAUAGUGAGCAAUGCGUGUGGAACACUCUGGAACCUGUCUGCCCGCAGCCCCCGGGAUCAGGAACUGCUCUGGGACCUAGGGGCAGUGGGCAUGCUUCGAAACCUUGUUCACUCCAAACACAAGAUGAUCGCCAUGGGUAGCGCUGCCGCCCUGCGCAACCUGCUGGCCCACCGGCCUGCCAAGUACCAGGUGACAGCCACUGCCAUCUCCCCGGGCACCUGUGUGCCCAGCCUGUAUGUGCGUAAGCAGAAGGCUCUGGAGGCCGAACUGGACACCCGGCAUCUGGCACAGACGCUGGGUCACCUGGAGAAACAGGGUCUGGCUGAGGCUGACAGUGCUUCAAAGAAACCUUUACCACCCCUUCGCCACCUGGAUGGGCUGGCAAGGGACUAUGCCUCUGAUUCCGGCUGCUUUGAUGACGAUGAUGCGCCAUCCCUGGCAGCGGCUGCCACUACUGCAGAGCCUGCCAGCCCAGCGAUGCUGUCCAUGUUCCUCAGUGGCCCAUUCCUCCAGGGCCAGGCGCUGGCCCGUACUACUGCUGCCCACCAGGGUGGCUCAGAGGCUGAGAAAGAGGCUGGUGGGGACACAGCUGUGGCCAUCAAGGCAAAGGCCAAACUGGCGCUGGCCGUGGCACGGAUUGACCGGCUGGUUGAGGACAUUUCUGCCCUCCACACCUCAUCUGAUGACAGUUUUAGUCUCAGCUCAGGGGACCCCGGGCAGGAGGCACCAAGGGAGGGCCAGGCCCAGUCUUGUUCUCCAUGCCGGGGACACGAGGGUGGCCGUCAUGAGGUAGGUGGCCGGGCCCAUCCUCUGCUGCGGCUCAAGGCUGCCCACACCAGCCUCUCCAAUGACAGUCUCAACAGCAGCAGUACAAGUGAUGGUUACUGUCCCCGGGAGCACAUGCAGCCCUGCCCGCUGGCUGCUCUGGCUGAGCAUCGUGAGGAUCUUUUGAAUGGGCAGAAGCGUCCCAGUCGGCUGGACCUGGACCUGCCCAGAGGCCGGGCUGAGCUGCCCUCCCAGGACACAGUGGUGUCUGAUGCCCGUGUGCGAACCAUCAAACUGUCUCCCACCUAUCAGCAUGUUCCACUGUUUGAUGGGGCCACUGCAGCGGGUGUCCGACCCCUCGCUGGACCUGGGGCCUCCCCGGGGGCUUGGAAGCAGGCGUGGAUGCCUGGGAACAGCCCGAGCAAGGUCCCCGAGAAGCUGGUGGGCUCCCCGCUGCCUGUGGCCAGCAGGGUACUGCAGAAGCUAGUGGCAGAGGAUGGGCCCAUGUCUCUUUCUCGAUGUAGCUCUCUGUCUUCAUUGUCUUCCACUGGCCAUGCUGGCCCCAGUGAGACAGGAAAUUUGGAUGACAGUGAUUCAUCUCUAGAGGGGUUAGAGGAGGCUGGCCCUGGGAAGUCUGAGCUGGAUGGAGCAUGGCAGGCCUCGAGGUCCACUUCUCUGCCCGUGACCAUCCCAGCCCCACACCAGGGCCACAGUCGGGGUCUGGGGAUGGAGGAUGCUACCUCCAGCUCAUCAGAGAACUGCGUGCAGGAGACACCCUUGGUCCUCAGCCGCUGUAGCUCCGUGAGUUCUCUGGGCAGCUUUGAGAGCCAGUCCAUUGCGAGCUCCAUCCCUAGUGAUCCAUGCAGCGGGCUGGGCAGUGGUACUGUGAGUCCCAGUGAACUGCCAGAUAGUCCUGGGCAGACGAUGCCACCCAGCCGCAGCAAGACACCACCGGCACCACCGGGUCAGCCUGAGACCAGCCAGUUCAGCCUACAGUGGGAGAGCUAUGUGAAGCGCUUUUUAGACAUUGCGGACUGUCGGGAGCGAUGCCAGCCACCCUCGGAGUUGGAUGCAGGUAGUGUGCGCUUCACUGUGGAGAAGCCUGAUGAAAACUUCUCCUGUGCCUCCAGCCUCAGCGCACUGGCCCUGCAUGAACUUUAUGUACAACAGGACGUGGAGCUGCGACUGAGGCCACCGGCCUGCCCAGAGCGUGCUGGGGGCAGUGGGGGACACCGUCGGAGGGAUGAGGCUGCUGGCCGCCUUGAGGGUCCAACGUCCAGUAACUCUCGAGCUCGUGUGGCUGCUGACAAGGAGCUGGAGUUGCUGCGUGAGUGUCUAGGGGCUGCUGUGCCUGCCCGGCUCCAUAAGGUGACCUCUGCAUUGAUGCCCGGCCGCCGGGCACUGCCUGUCCCUGUGUACAUGUUAGUGCCUGCCCCGGCCCGGGAUGAUGACUCAGGUACUGACUCAGCAGAGGGCACCCCGGUUAACUUUUCCAGUGCUGCCUCACUCAGUGAUGAGACACUUCAGGGACACUCCAGGGACCAGCCCUGUGGACCUGUGGACAGACAGAAACCCAUAGGCCAAGCAGCACCUGCCAGGAGGAGUGCUGGUCACCGGCCCAAGGCAGUGGGCACUGGUAAGAACACAGAACAGGCCCGAGGAGCCAGCAGGACCCGGGCAAGAUUGGAGCUGCCCCUGAGCCGGCCUUUGAGUGCACGAUCCAACAGAGAUGGCUCCAGCCAGGUUCGGACCCAUGGGGAUGGGGCUCUGCAGUCCCUCUGCCUCACUACCCCCACAGAGGAGGCUGUAUACUGUUUUUAUGGCUCUGACGAGGAGCCACCGGCCACAGCACCGCCACCAAGGCGGGCAUCUGCCAUUCCACGGGCUCUAAAGCAGGAGAAGUCCACGAAACUAGCUCCUCCACCCAUGAGGGCCCAGCCCAGAAUGAUUGUGGACGAGACCCCACCAUGCUACUCCCUGACAUCUUCGGCCAGUUCCCUCAGCGAGCCUGAGGUCCCUGAGAGGCCAGCCAGCCAUCUGCAAGGCCAGGAGCUGGUGGCCACCAAGGACCCAGGCCUGGGUGGUAGACAGGAUAGCUUUCCCAGCCCACGGGCUGAGGAGGAACUACUGCAAAAGUGUAUCAGCUCAGCCCUUCCAAGGCACCGGCCACAGGUACAGGGUUCACGGCGUCGCAAGCCACGAGCUGCCCGACAGAAUGAGGUACCCCGGAAAUGCUGCGAGGAGGUGCCUGGCUCCGAUCCAGCCUCUGAUUUAGACAGUGUGGAGUGGAAGGCCAUCCAAGAGGGCGCAAACUCCAUAGUCACUUGGCUGCAUCAGGCAGCAGCCAGGGCCAGCCUGGAGGCCUCAUCAGAGACUGACUCUGUACUGUCUUUGGCAUCCGGUCUGUCCCCAGGCUCCUCUUUACAGCCUUCCAAAGACAGGAAGGGGCAGCAACCUGGGGCUGGGACCGAAGCUGUGAGUGUCUGCCAUCCAGAGAAACAGGAUACUUCCUCCACCAAGGUCAGUGGGAACCCCUGCUCUCCUGGAGGCUCUGAGAAGCCAAGAGGUGUUCAUCAGAAGACUGUGACAGGGGAGCCAGCUGUGCUCCGGGGACGGACAGUAAUUUAUAUGCCCAGUCCAGUCUCCCGGUCUCAGCCUAAAGGGGUCCCCGGGCCCUGUACCAAACCUAGAAAGAUGGGGUCAGCUGGUACCACUCAGCCUGAAACUGCCACCAAGUCCCCCAGUCCUGGGCAGCUGCGUUCACGGAGCCUCCACCGGCCUGGCAAAAUCUCUGAACUGGCAGCUAUGAACCAUCCACCAAGGAGUGCCACGCCGCCAGCUCGCCUCACCAAGACCCCAUCCUCCAGUUCCUCCCAGACCUCCUCUGCCUCUCAGCCCCUGCCUAGGCGGUCCCCUCUGGCUACUCUCCCCUCAGGAUCCCUGCUGGGUCCUGGAGAGUCCCCAGUGCCCAAGUCACCAGCCCGGGCCCUUCUAGCUAAGCAACACAAGACUCAGAAGUCACCAGUGCGAAUUCCAUUCAUGCAAAAGCCAGCCAGGCGAGGGCCACCACCGCUGGCCAAGCCGGCCCCAGAGCCAGGACCCAGAGGCCGAGCAGGGGCUGAAGGGGUUCCCGGGGUGCGUGGUGGCCGCCUGGGCCUGGUGCGCAUGACCUCAGCCCGUUCCAGUGGCAGUGAGUCCUGCACCCGCUCAGGUUUCCGAAGACAGCUGACCUUCAUCAAAGAGUCCCCAGGUCUCCUGCAUCGCCGCAGAUCAGAAUUGUCAUCCACAGGUUCCACAGUGUCCACAGCCUCCAUGGCCCAGGUCUCCUCACCCUGCCAUGGCCAGCCCACACUACCUGCAGUUUUCCUCUGCUCCUCUCGCUGUGACGAGCUGCGGGUGUCCCCACGGCAGUCCCCAGGGCCACAGCAGUCUCCGAAGUCUAGGCCAGGUCCUACCCCACGUGCUCCCAGGCGCACCAGCUCGGAGAGUCCCUCACGGCUGCCAGUUCGUACCACCCCCCUGCAGCCCGAGAAAGUCAAGCGGUAUGCGUCCCUGCCACACAUCAGUGUGGCCCGCAGGCAAGAUAGCACAGUCCCUGUGCCUGCUGCCCGCACCAAUGCCACCCGCCGGGGCAGUGACAGCGAGGCCAGGCCACUGCCCAGGGUAGCUGCGCCGGGCACUACCUGGCGGCGGAUCCGAGAUGAAGAUGUACCCUACAUUCUACGUAGCACACUGCCCGCCACCGCCCUGCCACUCCGGGGUCCAUCACCUGAGGACAGCCCCUCAGGGACCCAGCAGCGCAAGACCAGUGAUGCUGUGGUUCAAACGGAAGAGGUGGUCACCCCUAAGACCAAUUCUAGCACGUCACCCAGCCUGGAGAGCAGGGAUCCCCCAAAGGCCCCAGCCACCGGCCCUGUUGCACCCCUGGGCAGUGAUGUGGAUGGGCCAGUCCUUGCCAAGCUCCCUUGCUCAGUACCCUUCACUCAUGAAGGCCUGAGUGUCACUGUAGGGGGCUUCCCCAUCAGCAGGCAUGGCUCCCCAAGCCGGGCUGCACGCGUAUCCCCCUUCAACUAUGUGCCCAGUCCCAUGGCUGUGGCCAGUAACUCCUCAGUGGAGAAAGCCCCCAUGUCCACUCCAGUCAGCCUCCUGGAAUAGCAGAUCUAGACAUGUAUGCUGGAACAUUCUCCUGGCCAUGUGGCCCAGUGCAGCUGCCCUGUGGGCCUGCUCUCUAGAUGCUCUGAGUAGGUGAAGUCCUCGGAGCCCCUUUUAAGCAUGCCUAUCUGCCCCUUCCACCCCUGGGGCUUCAUCCAGGGGAAGUGACCACAGACAGGGGCCAUUGAGCACACAUGGUGGGGGGAGUGUCAUCCUUCCAGAUCUGGUCAGGAGGGACGUGUUCUGAGGGACACUAGCUAUGGGCCUCCCACGCAGGAUCUGCCCCUGCUACACCCAGUAGGAUGGUGGGGGACAGGUACAGAGAGCACAGGAAGGCUAAGCCUGGCAGCUGUGUCUGCCACAGCCCUCAGCUCUCUAAUUAGGGCUCUGGUAAUUGGUUAAUGAGAACUUCGCUGGGUGUGUUUGUGUUCCCAGGCAGCUGGGGAGAGUGGGUUGAAGGGUGGAGCCAAGCUGGCAGACAGACAGACUUGCCUACCCAGCAUGUGUGGAGUGUGUGUGUGAAGGCUGCUAACGGCAAAAUGGUCCAAUGCAGAUGCCUGGGGCCCGCUGAAUUCAUGUCCCUCCCAAGGGGGAAGUGGGACAGGACCCAGACGGGGGGCACACAGGGCCCUGAGCUGUUCAUCGGUGUCUUGCCUGUUUACAAAGCAGGAAGCUUGAGGAUCCGGGCCAGCCACAGCUUGGUCAAAACAGCAACUUGGAGGACAAGGUUGAGUGGCCUGAGGCUGCCUGUGGACUCAACAUGUUAAGUUGUGAGCAGAGGAUGAAGUAGGAAUUAUACAGGGAACACUGAGGAGUUUCAGGAGAUCUGGGUAUUGGGUCUGUGUAUGUAUCCCACGGACCUUUGUGAGAGGAACCUGGGGUGCAGUUAAGGCCUCAUCUCAGUAUGCAGUGUCCUCUCAAGAGUUGAUAACCUCUUUCUGACAGGAUCCUAGGGGCAGGCAGCUCUUUGCAAGGGGACCUACAGCUUACGGCCAACUGCGAGAGCUGCUCCCAGAGGACCAACUGGGACCCCAUCUGGGAUGAGGGAAGUGGUUUUGAGUCACAUGGGAGGCUUCUUUAGGAAACAGGACAGCGUGUCCCUCUGUCCAUACUUCAUCCUCCAUAUGGCUGGCCCCCAUCCUGUUGUCCCUCCUGGGUGAGGCAGACCCCAUAGUGCUAAGCAAUUUAACCCUUCAUCUCCCAGAGCUCUCACCACCCAGCAUUCUGUCGCUAACUCGCUGGGCAGAGCCACGCUGGGGACUCAAUGCAAGUCCAGGACACUGCCUGCCGUUCUGCACCGCUUGGGGGAUUCCAAAGACACACUGGCCUGCAGAUGACUAGCAGCAAGGGAACAAGGAGAGAGACCUUCCCAGGACACUGCAGGCUAGACCUGGAACCCCUGAAUGCCUGGUCACACCCACCACAGGCAGCCAUACAACAGGAUGACCCAGUGGAGGGGACAUGGCAGUAGACAGAGCCCCAGCUUGGCCAGAUGUCCAACCAGCUGGAGCUGUGAACUGCAGCUUGCAAAGACUGACCCUGUGUACUUACACUGUGAGACUCCCCCCCCUUGGCGGUGCAUGUGGCACCGCUCUGUGCCUCAGUUUCCCCAUGUGGGCCAUGGAGAGGGCUCCAAAGCUAGCUCUGGGUGAGUGGAUGGGAGGUCUUGGGUGUUGCUUACAGAGAGGCCAGGGCCACUGAGCCCACCUCCUGUCCUGCACCCCCUUAGGAAUUCUCUAUCCCCCACAAGGGUCACAAGCCACAAAGCAUCACCUGGACCAAAGCACACAGAUGGGAAGUGGAGCUCCAGCCUGCUCUACAGUGUCUUUAGAGAAAGAACAAGAGGGGUCUGGGGUAGGCUGGCUCUCAGCACCCUGAGCUGUGGUCCACUGGAGACUCACUACUGGGUGCUUUAACAGGGUGACAUGCCCACCUUUUACCUCUUGUCUGUCUUGCUGACCAGAGGCCAAGGCCACCCCCCUGGCUUGCACCUGGUCUGUCUGGCACUGCCCUAUCUCCUGUACAUACACACCUGGAACCCCAUGUAAACAAGUGUGGUGGGAGCACGCUGAGCCCAGCUUUCUGGCUCAUGUUCACACCUUUAAUAAAGCAAACCUUGCAUUGCUCUGGGU